CAAGCCACGCUCUGCUCGUGGACGAACGAAGUGACAAAAACAAGGUGGCCUAUGUGAUUGGAAGGAAGAUCGUAGACCAAUUUACUUAAUAUUUCCAUGUGAAUUACCACAAACAAAAAGCUUUUGAAAGACAAUGUAAUUGCUUAGAAUAAAAGACACUCAGAUUUAUGGGCCUAUUUUCACAAACGCAUUUUACAGACAAAUAGUGUUCGCGCGUUGCCGAUUCUGAUAAUUCUUGGGAGGAGAAUUACUUAAUCCAUCUCGAAAUUUUCAGACGGAGGGAAACAAAGGAGUGAUUAGGAUAUCAAUUAAGUUGGGUCAGGUGUGAAUAUGGUGGAAUCGUUAUGACAUGAAAGCGUUUAGCUGUGGCGUAAAGGUGUUGCCUGAUAUUUUAAUCGACUUAUAUUGUAAAUUCGUUUUUCUCUAUUUUGCUUUUUGGAAAGUCAAUUUUUGAAACUGGCGGUGGAAUAAUGAGGAGGUCUUUCCCAGCCACUGUUGCUCCAAGAGGGACGCCAACAAGAAAAUUGGUGAGGAAGAGCGCCAGUGCUAAGGACAUCCGGUGUCUUUCAGAUAAGGUGAGUCUGGAACGUGUGCUUGGCUUGACCUCUUCAAAUACCAAUGGUUUAACAUGCAAUCCUUACAAUGGCAUGCUUGCAUAUCCUGCUGGAUGUGUCAUUGUUUUGUUUAAUUCACGGACGAACUCACAGUCUCACAUUUUUAAUCCUGAAAAGAAAACCUUGACAGCAUUAGCGUUUUCAAGCGAUGGAAAAUAUCUCGCUUCUGGAGAGAGCGGCCACAAUCCUCGUGUUCGUGUCUGGGAAUUGGGAGAAACGAUUAAUCAGGUUGCUGAGCUGAAUGGACACAAAUUCAGCAUUAAUUGCGUGGCAUUUUCACCAAACUUGAAGUAUCUGGUUUCCAUUGGAGAUCAGCAUGACAUGAUGGUUAAUGUCUGGAACUGGAGGACUGGGUCCAAGGUCGCUUGCAAUAAGAUAGGAUGCAAGGUUCGGAGUGUUUCUUUUGCCGAAAAUGGGAGCCAUUUUGUCACUGUUGGUAACAGGCACGUGAAAUUUUGGUACUUUGACACAGAAGUUGAGCCAAAGUCAAAUGUACCAACUCCAGUCGCUGGAAGAUCUGGUAUUCUGGGAGACCUUCGCAACAACUGUUUUUGUGACGUAGCUUGUGGAAUCGGGGAUAAUUCGUCAAAUACGUACGCAGUCACCAAAUCUGGUUUGCUAUGCUCCUUCAACGAAAAGCGUAUUCUGGAUCGAUGGGUUGAACUUCGGUCUUCAGGUGCCAACUCGAUUGUCGUCAAUGAAAAAUACCUGUUUUGUGGUUGCACUGAUGGCAUUAUCAGGGUCUUUCAUCCAACUACCAUGCACUUCGUUUCAUCUUUGCCAAAGCCGCAUUUUCUAGGUGUUGAUGUUGCGGCAGGUCUUGAUGCAAGUCAUAUGGUGGCAAAAGACACAAACGUCAAACACCCGGAUGUCGUCUCUCUUGCCCUUGAUAAUGACAACGAUAAGUUGUCUUGUAUAUACAAUGACCACAGUCUUUACGUCUGGGACAUUCAAGAUGUAAAAAAAGUUGGUAAAGCGUGUUCAUUUCUCUAUCACAGCGCCUGUAUUUGGGGCGUGGAGACGUAUCCUGUAAUGCGCGAGGAUUUGCACCCUUGUCUUCCAAGUGGAUCCUUUUUAACUUGCUCCUCUGAUGAUACAAUAAGGGUCUGGAACAUCGAGACAGGAAUUUCAAUGAACAGCACCUUUCCAAGAAAUAUCUACAGCAAAGAGCUGCUUAAAAUCAUUUACACUGACGAGGAUCUUGCCAACAUUCAAGACAUUUCUUCAAUUCCAGUGACCACGUCUUCAGACAUGAAAACUGGUGUCCGCUGCCUUCAAAUUAGUCCGGACGGACAACUCUUAGCUGCUGGCGAUAGAUCUGGCAAUUUGAGGGUUUAUGACUUGCAGUUUGUUGACGAAAUAAUGAAAAUUGAAGCCCACGAAGCGGAAAUCUUGUGCGUGGAGUUUUCAGAUCCGAAAUCAGGCUACCGACUCCUUGCGACCUCAAGCCGUGAUAGGCUGAUACAUAUUUUCGACAUUGAUAAAGAUUUCGCGUUGAUUCAAACGAUUGACGACCACGCCUCUUCAGUAACUGCAGUGCGGAUGAACUACGACGAAGGCGUUUUCCAGUUGCUGAGCUGCGGUGCUGAUAAACACAUCAUGCUCCACACUGCUCAAAAGGUUGAGGAUGGUAAAGCAAUGCAGUUCGUGCGAGAAAACACCAUCGCCAUUGGAAAAGCAACCCUAUAUGACAUGGAUGUAGACCCUACCAGGAAGUUGGCGACCACAUGUGGACAGGACCGUAAUGUCAGGGUCUAUGACAUUCAGGCUGCCAAACAGACUCACUGCUACAAAGGUGCCGUCAGUGAGGAUGGCACUCUGAUAAAAAUUCAAUUGGAUCCGUCAGGGGUGUACGCUGCGACCAGCUGCUCAGAUAAAUCAGUCAACAUUUAUGACUUUGAGGCGGGAGAAUGCGUCGCCGUGAUGUAUGGGCAUUCAGAACUUGUUACGGGACUAAAGUUCACGGCGGAUGGAACCAGGCUGAUCUCAGUUUCCGGCGACCACUGUAUAUUUGUUUGGAGACUUGUGCCUUCUUUCACUCAGGCAAUUGUAACUCGCCUUUUGGAUCUCGGAAAACCCGUCCUUGGCAAUCCAAACAUCAACAAUGAUCCAAUGAGUGCUUUGCGCAACACCUUUGUUAUCCCUAAACCUGGUAAAGACGACUUACAAGAUGUCAUCGAAGAGGAAGAGUUCUCUGCAGCAGAACCAGAUUUUUUUGACAAAGAAGGUAACAAGGAAUUGGAUGGAGAAUUCGAUUACAGAUUCAGUGUUGGACAGUUGCCAGCUUGGGCCCAAAAACAGAUCAAAGGAGGGUCUGAAAAUACCGAUGCUAAUCAGGGAGCUGGGUUCGCUCAUCCAUCAGGCAGGUGGGCCCAGAGGGUAAACGAUGCUCCAGCCCUUGUCCCACAUACGAUAGGGACAACUAUCUCAGACAGCAAUGCUUCAUAUUUGGAUCUAACUGCGGAAGGUUGUACCGAACCUCUACUUUCGCUAAAUUCGAAAAAUAUUAUCGAAGAAUCACCAUUUCAAAGAGGGGCACCCUAUUCAAGUCACCAAGAUGUCAAGACCCGCAAAUCAGAGAGUGUUAUCUACAUUCCGUCGAAUCAAGAUGAAACAGAAGCGGAAACAGCAAGCUUACCCACUUCAUCAUUGAGAAAGGUCAAAAACCUGAACUCAAAUGAAGAAGAUAUCCGAAAAGGUACCUUAUCGUCGAUAGCCAAAAUAAAGAGAAAGAUUAUAAGAAAGUCACCCAGUACUAGCAAGUAUAUAGGUUCUAAAAGUAACACAGUUGAAAGCCCAAAAACUCUUAGACGUGCGAGUAAAGAGGGGGAGCCUGUUAAAUCUCCCGGACAAAUGAAGAAAGUGCUGUUUACAGUUGGAUGUGGAAGGCCCUUACAUCAUAACAUGAGGCGAAACACGACAGGAUCAAUGGGCGAGGCAUUCUUGAUGAGGAGAGCCAGUCUGCCAUCACUAUCUGUUGAUAAAGUCACUAAUACAAAUAAGCAUAAUACGGAAUUAAAGAGCCUAGCCAAUAAUAUAACAGUUGCUAACAGUAAAUGUAGCGAGAGUAACCAACUGUUUGAAGUGCACUUUGUGAGCAUGGAGGCAGAAGAGAAAAUCUUAAAUGAAAAAUUUAAUAUUAACAAUGGAUAUGGCGAAUCAUUGGAGGAUCAAAGUAAAAAUUUUCAGGUAACGGCAAGGGCGUCUUUGAGACGCAAGAAGAGCUCAGAUGACACUUUAAAAAACAGUCUUUACGAGCAGUCGAAGAGUUUGGGAACUGAUAACAUUAAAGAUAACGAGGCAAAUGAAGUGGAUUUGGAUUCCAUGGACGAGGAAGAGGAUGAGGACGAAGAUGGCGAAGAGUUAACAGACAGUGAUGAUUUUCUUUCGGACCACGCGCCUGAAGGCGGGGAUGAUGAGUUGCUCCUGUCGCUGCUUGAGCAGCAUUUCGAUUAUUUGGCUGAAGACAUGCCAAACGAGGCUGAUGCUAAGGAAGAGCUAUAUCAGGUUAAUUCUAGUCCUGGGAGCGAACAGAAGCAGAAGAAAGGUCAAGGCUUUUUGAGUAGAUGUCGUUCAAGUAUUUCUGCAAAAUUUCUAUCCAGAUCACAGAAGACAGGGAAGAAUUCUCAAAUUUCAGAAGAUCAGAAAAAACGUAUUGAUAUGCUUAAAAGGGUAAUGGACCAAAAUCAAAACUAUGGAUCAUCAGGUUUACGCGCAGGCAACUCAAAAGAGGCUCAAAGGAUGAAAAAGCUAAUGGCCCAGUCAGAACCGAAUCUUUCCAUCGGGAUCGCACCUCAAAGCAAAACGGGUCGCAAGACAAAUCAUCGGAGAGGCUCUGGGAUUUCGGCUGACAGCAGCAGUGAGCUACGUGUGAUUAAAGAAAAAAAGAUUCCAGAGGACGAUUUCCAAUCAAGGGACCGGGUAAAGUAUUUGAGAGCCAGCAGUACUUCUUCAGCAGAGCAUGAAAAAUCUGCAUCUGAGUUGAUAAAUUUGUUCAACCUAAGAAGCAGUACCCCGAAACAUAAACUAGACCUUCCUUUUAGCCAAGUGGGUAAGCCUAUCAAAUCAUAUAAGCAAAGAAGCAGUCCUGGGGUCUCCCCUGUCUCUUCUCCAACGAAAUUGAAACAAAGCUGGAACCAGUUGAAGGAAGAUAAAACGCAUGAAGGCAUUCCAGCCAACUCGAUGAAAGAAAUGGCUGUUAAAAGAAGACCUAAGGCUGAUGAUCGACCAAGGUUUCGAAGCCGUCCAAAGUCUCUUGUUUUACCUUUACAAACGUCUCUCGAUGAAUUGAUUGAAGUCCACUGCAGCAAAACUAAUUCUGACUCUGAGUUGAAUGAUGACUGUAAACUAGAGAGCAAAAAGAAAGCACAUACCCGUGUGGAUGAUGAGAAGCCUGGUAAAUACGCAGAAUCUUCUCAAAGCAAAGUUAACUCAAAUAAGGCAUCGGUUAUCGUCCGGCCGAUAGAAAUAGAGGCUGAUGACAGUCUAGAAAGCUCUGCAAGGAAAUCAACUUUAGAUAACACAGUGAUUUUCAAUGAUGGAAAGAACAUGGAAGUAGCAAAUGAAGCGCCUUCGCAAGAUCGUGUGGGGUGUAUUGAGGCUCAUGCCGGCACUACAACGUGUACUUCAGAGAACCAAGCAACGUUAAACGUGAAGCUUGUUGUCAGAAGCAAAGAAGUUGCUCCUGCCAGAGAAGAGCCACAAAGAGAGGAAGGCGAAGCAAACGAGGAAGCGAAACCGAAACACGAUAAUGAAAAGAUAGAGACAGCUUCAGAUGAACCAUCAUCUUCAACUCCGACGGAGACUGGGGCAUUGCUAAUAACAGAAUGUCAAGCAGCUGUCAGUCACUUGUUGGCAUCCUUUGAUGCAAUAUCAAGUUUUCAAGAAAAGGUGUUCAAAAGUGGAGACGUGAAAAAUAAGGAUGAAAUUGUAAAUAUGCUCUCGAGCACUUAUUGUACAGUUGCUAACGUUUUGACAAAGCAACAAAGGAACCUCACAAAUGUUUCUGUUGCUAUUACUGAUGCUGGAAUCGACAUACAGGCCAAGCAGGUUGCAUCGUCAAUUAGAAAUAUGGAGGAGAGCCCUAGUUCUACUGUUGAUAAAACGAAGCAAGUUGUUGGCCUAUUGGAACAGUAUUCUGAUGCCAUCGUUAGAUUAGUUGAAGUAAAGCUUGCGAAUAAAUCGUGAAUUUUACAAGUUACAUAUAAAUUUUUCAAAUUCAAAGCCAGGUAGCUUUCGCUUAUUCUUGAACAAUGGCAGUUGCCUUUUUCUUUUGAAACCAGCCGGAAAAAAAUAUUUUUGUAUAGUUUAACAUGAAGUACGAUUCUUCGAACAUUGUUACAAGUUUUACUUUAUGCCGCGAACAGAUCUUUAAUCAGUAGGGGUGGGUGUUUCACGAACCAUUGCAAAGUACUUUAGUAUAUUGAGAAAUUUUGAAAGAUGGUUAAAGAAUAUUCCGAUCUUCGCCUGCGUUGAGACAAAUUCUGCUCACGUGACAUUCUAACAGCUUUUGUUUGGCCAGUUUCUAGUUCUAUUCGAAGAAUGGGCCCUAGUAAACGAAUCUGUUCAAUGCAUUAACGUAUUCUUCCGUUAGAAUAAUAUGCCGUUCAGGUCAGCUAUUUAUUUAAAAUAUUUCGAUAACGUCAGUAGCAGCAAAGCAGCUGGAUAAUUGACACUCGUUCGUCUUUCAAAUCAGCAACGAAAAUUUUCGUUUUUCCUGUUAAUUGAAAAUUGUUGUUUAAAGUAGUGUCGUUUUGUUAGUUCCCGUAACACAAAUUGUGUUUAAGGAUUAACAAUGUUUCGUCACAUGAUGUGCUUAACUGAGUUUCGGUCCAUUUAGUUCUUUUUGAUUAUCUUUUUCAUAUAAUUUUGCAUGAAAUUUUACCAACAACACCUCGAUGAGCUCGCACGACUAUGAACUUUCAUUUAGUGAUGACGCAACAACUGUACUUUCGCUAGAAAUAUCACAAUGCUAAACACAGGCGAAUAGUAAAAGGUGCAAACUGUUUUGAGGGGCGCAAAUUAAUUUUUUUUGGAGGAGAGUGGGUGUCAGGACAGGCAUGAACGACUCGCUUACGAAAUGGACCGACCCCUAAAAACCAAUCUAAGCAGAUAAAUACAAUUAAAAUGUAAAAAGAAUACGUUUGAGGAAAUGGCAAGAGACAUCGCACUUUGAAAAAUUGGGGAACCCAUUCUCUUUGGAAAUGUAGUGGCCUUUUUGUACUUUUUAGGGGUACCUAAAGAUACCAGAUGAAAUAAUUAUCUUUGUUUUGCUGUAAAUGUUCUUUAAGAGCAGUCUCUUGUAUGGAAGAUACAGCACUAAUGGGGCACACAAGUCCUGAAGAUACACUAUGCAAGAAAGGUUCGGGGGCAUGCUCCCUCGAAAAAUGUGAGUUUCAAGGCCUCUUGCUUGGCUCUGAUGGCCUCCUGACCACUGACCAAAUCCCCCCUUAACCCCCAAUUUGCUUUAAUAUUUCGACCUUGUCAAGUAUAUCUUCUUGCGUCCACUUCCUUGCUAAUUUGCUUUUAAAGACAACUGUUAUUGCAAUCUUUAUUUAAGUAAAAAUAUGAACACGCGAAAUAGAGUGCAACCAAUUUGUGGUAGAAUCUAAUUCGUAAGGAGCAGGUAAAUUGUGGUAGAAGUAAGUUGUAGUUUUAUAGAAUUUAAGAGAAUAAGCAUUGUAAAUAUUUUUGAAGGUGUGUGAAUUUUAAGUUUCCUUGCAAAAGAAGGAAGUUCAACAAUUGAUUUACAA